AUGGGGUGGGAUGGGAUCCCGGUGCCACUCACAGCCUGUGCCCGCCUCCUUCCCGGGCCCGCCCCAGCUCCGCCCGCUCGCCGUGUCCCGCCGGCCAUGCCGUUGGAUCACCGCCGCCUGCGCGGCCCGGAGGAGUCGCAGCCGCCGGCGCUGUGGGCAGCGACCACGGCCGAGGAUGAGGAGGACGAGGAGGGCGCGGGGGCGGCGCCGCGGGACCCCUGUGCCCUGCGGCCGCUGUUCGCGCGGGCCGGGCUGCUGAGCCAGGCGCAGGGCUCGGCCUACGUGGAGCUGGGCAGCGGCACCAAGGUGCUCUGCGCCGCCUGGGGCCCGCGGGAGGCGGCCGAGCCCGGCCCGGGCCGGCUGCUCUGCGAGUUCCGCCGGGCGCCCUUCGCGGGGCGUGGGGCGCGGGGCCGGCCGGGCGCGGCGGCGGAGCGAGAGGCGGAGCGGGAGGCGGCGGCGGCGCUGCGGGAGGCGCUGGAGCCGGCGGUGCGGCUGGGCCGCUACCCGCGGGCCCGCCUGGCCGUCAGCGCGCUGCUGCUGCAGGACGGGGGCUCGGCGCUGGCCGCCGCCGUCAGCGCCGCCGCCCUGGCUCUGGCGGACGCGGGCGUGGAGAUGUACGACCUGGCCGUGGGCUGCGCGCUGUGCCGGCCGCCCGCGCCCGCCGCCUCAUGGAUGCUGCAGCCCGCCGAGCCCGAGGAGCGCCGCGCCGCCGCCCGCCUCACGCUGGCCCUGCUGCCCGCCCUCAACCAGGUGUCAGCCGUGCUGGGCGGCGGCCGGGGCGGCCCUCCCGAGGACUGGGCGCAAGCCUUGCGGCUCGGUCUCGAUGGCUGCCACCGGCAAUACCCGGUGCUGCGGCAGAGCCUGCUGCGGGCCGCCCAGCGCCGCGAUGCCGCCGCCGCCGCUGCCACCGCCACUGCCGCCGCCGCCACCAGUGCCUGAGUGCCCCUGAGACCUGGAGUCUGGGGAUGGGACAUCUCCCAGAGCCCGCACAAGCUGUUUUCAAUGCUGCCGGAGACCCCUGGAGCCUGCCUGAUCCACUCAUCACUGCUGGGGAUUAAAAUAAGUUUAUUUUAGAAUCUUAGAAGUUUAUUAAGUUGAAGCUUAAGUUUAAUUGUAACUGCUGGUGAAUGCCCAGACCUAGCCUGAUCAAUGCCUCAUGCUGCUGGAGACUGGAUGAGCCUACCUUUGCACUGCUGGAGACCCCCUCGUGCUGCCCACGUAGCUGGAGGCCCAAGAACUGUGCUCAAGGACACAGGAAUCUGCACCCCAGAGUGCACCUGAGGAUCUAUCGUGUCACAGGAGGCCAUUCUUGAUUGGCACCACGGGACCCAAACAGCCUUGCACGCUGCUGAAGCCCCCAAAAAACAACCUCCAUACUGCCUCAGCAGCCAGAGCCUGCCCAACACAUCCCUCCAUGCAAUUGCUGGCACUCCAGGACCCCACAUCUCACCCCGGGGUGGUCACAGCACCAGGGUGAAACCCUCGCUCCAAGCUCCCCACCGUAUCCAUCUGUGCAGGCAGCAUCUAGGUAGAACCAGGCAGGAACCACAUCAUGGCAUGGACUAGCAUCCGUUGGACUUCUUGCCCAGGCAGUGCUUCAGGGUGGCAGAGUUGUGUUUUGUUAGGUUUUUUGUAAUAAUAAAUAAUAUUUUUUCUGGUG